CAAAAUGGAAGCCUCCUCAGUCGGUCAAUAAUUUCCAGCGCCAUUACAACUUUAUAUAUUCAUCAACAAACGUCAAAAUUUGUCUUCCCAAUUUAUGUUUCUAAUUUUCUAUCACAAUCCUUUUCCAUAAAAUCCGAUUAAAUCUCUCGUUCUCUCUCCAAAACUCACAUUACACAGCACUCUGCUGCAAAAUUGCUUGAAGCUCCGUCUCUCUCCGGACAUUGCAAAUAUUCUCGAGAAAUUUCAAAACUUUCUCGGAGAAUCCAAAGCGUGUUUUCAUACUUUGCUCACUGUCCAAAUGGGUAUCUAAAGCUUGAAUCUUCUGCUUCAGUGGCGGAGAAAAGUUACAAUGGAAGGUGGAAAAGGCGUGGGGGAGAAAAAAGGAACAAACGACGUGGUUUUGCAGAUUUCGGUAGGAGAAGAACACAUGAGAUACAGUAACGAAAUCAGAGACUCGAAUCUCCAGCUGACAGAGCUUCAGAGCCUCAGGGUCUCCGGCUCUGCUUCUCCAGAAAUCCCAAAGCCGAGUCCCUCCCCGCCGCUGGGGAAGCCGCCGAAAAUCCCAGCCGAACCCACUUCCCGGCGAGCUUCGUUUUCCCGGUCGACGUUCUCGAAGCCCAAGUCGAGGUUCGUGGAGACGGUUCCUCCUGCUGAAAAGAAGGCGACCGACGAAAUUCCCCAGUUGAGGUCAACUGCUAAUUCCCCCAAUGUGGCAUCGCCAAGCUCCAAAAUCGCAGCCACAGCACCGAGAGAUGCUCUGAGAUCAGCCCCGAUAACCCCACGAACGCCUUUGAUCAACAGCAGCGAGGAGGAUGACGAUGAGGAGGUUUACAAGACUGCAAAGCUUAAGGUGCGUGAGAAGUCUGGUAAGAAGAUGAAAAAGUUGGCACUAAUUGAGUUGAUUGCAUUUGCUUGUAUUGUUGGGUUUUUGAUUGCUUGCUUAACCGUUCCUAAGUUGGAAAAGAAGAUGUAUUGGGGGUUGGAAUUGUGGAAAUGGUCUGUCUUGGUGGUGGUUGUUUUGUGUGGUAGAUUGGUCACAGAAUGGUUUAUCAAUGUUCUGGUUUUCGUGAUUGAGUUGAACUUUUUGCUUAAGAAGAAUGUUCUGUAUUUCGUUUACGGGUUGAAAAGAAGCGUACAGAUUUUUAUUUGGUUGGGUUUGGUUCUUCUGGCAUGGGGUUUGUUGUUCGACCGCGGAGUGAAGAGGUCAAGGAAAACCUCUAGGAUUCUAGGUUACGUUACAAGGGGUCUGGCUUCGUGUCUAAUUGGAGCGGGCAUAUGGCUGUUGAAGAAUUUGUUUGUCAAAGUGGUAGCUUCUUCGUUCCAAUGCAAUAGAUUCUUUGAUCGGAUUCAAGAAUCAAUUUUUCAUCAGUAUGUUCUCCGCACCCUUUCCGGGCCUCCUCUGAUGGAAAUGGCAGAAAGAGUCGGGAAGACCCCGAGUAGGGGCCAGUUGAGCUUCAAAAAUUUAAAGGGAGGGAAAAAGGAGGGGAAGGAAGGGCCCAAAGAAGAGGUGAUUGAUGUAGAAAAGCUAACAAAGAUGAACCAAAAGAAAAUUUCUGCUUGGACUUUGAAAGGGUUGAUUAACGUGGUAAGGAGUUCCGGGCUAUCUACCAUCUCCGACACACUUGAGAGUCUUGAUGAUGAGGAGAGUGAGCAGAAAGGUAAGGAGAUUACUAGUGAGUGGGAAGCAAAGGCUGUGGCUUAUGAUGUAUUCCUGAAUGUCGCCAAGGGUAGCAACAAGUACAUUGAGGAAGAUGACCUCUUGCGCUUCAUGAAAAAGGAGGAGGUCGACAUUGUAUUACCUCUGUUUGAAGGGGCAGCAGAAACUGGCAAGAUCAAGAGAAAAGCUUUGAAGAACUGGCUGGUGAAUGUCUACCUUGAACGCAAAUCUCUGGCACAUUCGUUAAAUGACACUAAAACAGCGAUAGAGGAGCUGAAUAGGCUUGCCUCAGGGGUUUUGCUUCUUGUGAUCAUUAUCGUGUGGCUACUUCUGAUGGGAUUUUUGACAACCAACAUACUGGUCUUUAUAUCAUCUCAGCUUUUACUGGUGGUCUUUGUAUUUGGUAAUACUGCUAAAACUGUGUUUGAAGCAAUCAUUUUCGUCUUUGUGAUGCACCCUUUUGAUGUAGGGGACCGUUGUGUCGUUGAUGGAGUACAGCUCAUAGUUGAAGAGAUGAACAUAUUGACAACGAUCUUCCUAAGAUAUGACAACGAGAAAAUUUUCUAUCCAAAUUCAGUACUGGCUUCCAAACCCAUCAGCAACUUCUACAGGAGUCCAGAGAUGGGUGAUUCUGUUGAAUUUGCUGUUCACGUUUCUACAACGGCUGAUACUAUUGUGGCUCUAAAAGCCAGAAUAAAAGAGUACUUGGACAGCAAGAGUCAGCACUGGCGUCCUGCCCAUAGCGUGGUGGUUAAGGAUAUUGAGGACGUCAACAAAAUGAAAAUGGCUCUUUAUGUUACGCAUACCAUAAACUUUCAGAACUACGGAGACAAGAGCAGCCGGAGAUCAGUGGUCUUAGAGCUGAAGAAAAUAUUUGAAGAUCUCGGUAUAAAAUAUAAACUCCUGCCUCAAGAAGUUCAUCUCCGCUAUGUCGGAUCAUCCACUGCAGAACUUCCACCAACGUGGCAGUGAUUUUUCGUUGCGUAUGCUGCAAGGGGAGCUGCGAGUGAAGUUGCCACAAGUCUAAUCGGAACAACAACGAAAAUGUUGGAUGUGUUACAAUUCAUCUCGAGGAAGUUUUGAUUGUUCGAUUGAAAUUAUGCACUUUGUAUGAGUAAGUUUGAUGAAGAAUGCUCAGUGGAAGGGGAAAAUGUCUCAACACUGAGAUACUGAGAUUUGUGAGAGCUGGUGGAAACACGAUGUUGUAAUUUUAGAAUUGAUUUGUUUUAAUGCAUGAACUGUUGAGUUUUCUUCC